CUAUUGUGGUAUUCUUGUUUGUUUUGUUUUUUUACUAUGUUUUGCAUUUUAAGUGUUUUGCAUCAAAUUAUUGCUUAUCAGCUUCGUUGUAUAACAGAGGAGCCAUGCCUUGAUUUGGAUACUUUUAAGUACAGUAGGGUUUCGAAUUUUGCAACAAAUGCGUGUCGCCUAUGUUGCCAAAACCGAGACCCUUUUUCGAUAUGAAAAAAUUUAAUGUAAAAAAUGCUUUAGAAAUUGACUAAAUAUCAUUAAUCAACGAUUGCAUCUAUUUUAUGUUUAAAAAGUCCACCAAGAGCUAUCCGUCCGGUGCAAAUAAAUUAUUGACACGCUGCGGCAAGACGGAGUCCUACGGCAAUAAAGAUAUUAUUGUUCAAAACCACAUAACUUUUUUUCAUGAACAUACUCAGGGCAUCAUUUUUUCGCCAUUUAAACCAUGUAUGCGGAAACUGAUUGAUAUUUAAGCAUAUUUUUAGAAGUGAAAUAUCUUGUGUUGCCAAAAUCGAGGCACGCCAAAAUCGAACCAUGUCAAAUUCGAAAUCCAAGUGUUGACCUAAGACUUUCACUUUGAUCCAGCUGUCAGUUGUCUAAUGUCGAUUGGAUGAUAGUGCUAUUCCAAAAUUUUAAUAUAAGACUGUAAUAGAGCCCAUACCUAUCGGCAAAAAAUAUAAAAUUUUGGAUUUUCUUAACCCAGAAUAUUUUUUUAAGCAACAAAAACUUCCAUAGUAAAUUGGAUCAAAAUUGGUCUAUUUGAGUUUCUCAAAAUUGAUAUUAUCGGCACUGAUCGUAAAAUUCAACCUUCCCAAUUCAAUAGGACACCUCUAGUUUCUGAUAAUAAAAAACAGAAGUUGGCGCUAGUGUUUCAUCAUGCGCCAUGCGUGAAAGUAUGCUUGAAACCAUCAAUGUUUCCCUGUUGAAUACAACGGAUGUCGUUACUUGGUAACGCAUAUUGUACAUAUUGAAAACCACCCUAUUUUGCGCGACAAUAAAUUUACUCAGCGUACUUUACUGCCUCACGGUACAAUACUAGUCUAACAAGUCAAUCGUAGUAUUUUUAAAUAUCGACUGGGAAAGGUUGUUAAAUGUUAGAGUCAAUAGGAUCGUAGUACUAGCUCUGGAAUUGUUCUUUACGUUAACAGUUUGCUUUGACGUUCGUCGGACAAAAAAUCAGAAGGUUUAAUUCCAAAAGUAGCGCCAGAACUUUGUCUCUUUGUAAAUUUACAAAGUGUUGCAAAUCUCAAAACUUAUGAAGUACAUAUGACAUAUCUCGUUGUAAUAUUUUCAUUAGUAAAAAAAUGGCGGAAUUUCUGUUUCUGUAGGUAAAUACAUUCUAAUACACAUAUAUUUUCCAAUACGAGUAAUAUUUAUACAUGCAAACAGAUGCCAGGUUUGGCUCUGAGUAGUGAGUAGGUAUCUUUUUGCAUACGACUGAAGCAAGUUUAACAUUUAUAUAUACAUAAUCUCAUAGAAUGGUAGAUUGUAGCAAGUUGAAUGGCAUAUAAUACUCGGUUCUUUGAACUUCGCUUAGAAAGUUGGUCAGUGUAAAGACUGUUAUUCCUUUCCAUGAGAACGGAUAAAAGAUUAAACUAAGCAGGCUGGCCUUAAUUCCUUAAUUGUGUUAUUUAAAGUUAUAGUUUUUUCCGCUAGCUAUUAUUUUCGCCUUAAGCUAUUUGAACCAAAUAGUUUCGCUUUGGAGCAAUUAGAAUCAUCCUCUUUUUCUUGUUUUAAUUUUUUACAACCAUCAACCCAAUACUGAUUCUUGCCUUACGACCCCAAGAAGUGCAGUAGACGGUCAUCGGUGCGUGUUAAGAAUCUAAUUUCUUAAAUAUAGUGUAAGGUUUCAUGAAACACGCAUUAAAAAGCGUAGCCGCGUAGUGCAGCGCCGCACACAUGUGUCGGCCACAAUGUGCUAUACUCAGUAUGUAUCGUGCUCAUCGUACGUGUUACCUCGGGGCUGACUGGCAAAGCUAAAAUCCGAUUUGUGCUAGAGUGUUAUCAAUGAAUAUAUGCAAAUAGUGGACGAACGUUUCUCUCUUUAAAGUAUUGCCUCGAAAUGCGCACUGAUCUCAGCGGCGUUAGUGAAGCAGCCGGAAAUGGGCGAAGAUGUUGUGAAAAAUCAAUUACGGACAAGUUGCACUGCUCCUAUAAUGCGAAGCACAGUGAGAAACGGUAUAAUUUUUGAAACCGAGCCAAUAUCGAUCGCCGUUGACCGGUAGUGUGGGAGUGCCUUUCGUGUACGUGUACAGCUGGUGACUCCAUCAGGGGGUUGCAAAAUGGUUUCGUUGUCAGAGGACUCUAACGGGACACAACGAAAAUCGAAAUUUUUGCCCCAGUUGGUGCGCCGAUUGGGAAUUGGCAAAAAUAAAACUAUGAUUAAAAUUCGGAACGAUUUGGAAGAUGAAGUUUGCCUCAGGAAGAAGAUGGUGUCGUUCGAUUGUAAUGAUAUAGAUUUCAUUAAUGGCGAUGGUGUUGGUUCAUCGAAUUACGAUCGACCAUCUACCUUACCACUAACGAUCAAACACAAUGAAACGGUGCAAGAGCAACGUCGCGAUGGAAGGGAGGAGAAAGCAAUAAGUCUGGGCUGUGAACAGACAGUCAGAUUGACGUCGAUAUUGAAAUCUGGAUAUCAGGUGAAUGGAAUAGAUAAUGAGCGGGAAUCGUUAGUCAAAAGCAAACCAAACGGUCGAUUGUCGGAGGAUUGCACCAACAGUUCCGGAAAUGAGUCUUCUACUUCGCCCUUUAGGAGGGGUUCCUCAUUCCGACAGAGCUUCAGCUAUCUUUUCAAACGGAAUAGGUCCAAAAUGAAGGACCGUUCGUGUACUAGCGAUAGCGACUCCAAUGCGGUUCUCGAGUUAGAUGAAGAGAACGACGAUACCGCACAUGCCAUGCCAUUAUUGGAUGCCUUUCUGCCGGAAAAAGUGCCUACCAAACGUGCUAGUACUGGAGAUAUUUUCGACGAUAUAGUAAUUCAGCUGAACGAGGACUUCGAUGUUAAAACUAGUAAAAGGGUGCUCCAUCGACGAACUAAUUCGGAUUCGUACUGCAUAUCACUAGCUUUUGUGAAUAAUAAUAGAUCUACGAGUAGCGUAGGCGCAGGAUUUCGUCCGCUUCCCAUCUCAUCCACCAUAGAGCUGCUGAGCUCUUCUGAUGUUCAGAGCCAAAAUAGUAAUCAAUUGUCUCGUAGUCCAAGUCAUAAUACGUCUGUGAAAAGCGAUCAAAAAUCUCUGAAAUCUCUAACGUCUUCUCCACUAUCGGUACCACCAAACAUAAGAAGCUCCAGUCCUUACCCACUAAAGGUAGUCGCCAAAAAUGAGGGGUACGAAAAGCCCGAGAAACCAGAGAAAGAGAAGAAGAAAAAGGAGUUCAACAGUUCCCGACAGAAGAAGUUUUCCCGGCACUUUAUCCAGGUGGAGGAUGAGAAGGUGUUGAAUUAUUUUUCCUGUGCGUUAGUUAGUGACAUUCUGCUACAAGGGCAUCUUUAUAUUACGCAGAAUUAUUUUGCAUUUUACUCCAAUGUUUUCGGUUACGUAACAAAGCUUUUGAUCCCAACAGUUUCCGUGAUAAAAAUCUCCAAGGAGAAGACAGCCAAAAUGUUUCCGAACGCGGUCGGUGUGCAGACUUGCGACGAUCGACACGUGUUCGGUAGUUUUAUGAGCCGCGAGGCUGCGUACCGGUUGAUGUGUAGUGUUUGGCGACCGGUGGCACCGCCCGAAGUGGAAGAACCAAUCGCACAGAAGGCACCGGAUGUGGAGGUGUCCGAAUGUUCGGCGGAGGAUGAUAGUAGCUGCUCAAUUAGUGGUAACGAAAGUUCUUCCCAUGUGAAAGAUAAAAAGUCUGACGUAGUUGAUUCGGGUGACUCUAUUAAUGAUAAGCUUACUGUAAUAGAUGGCUCUAAGCGAUCCCUAGACGCUUCUAAAAGUAUUAAAUCGGUGCAAAAAGAAAUUAUUAUUAAAUCGCCGGUCGCAUUAAUAGCAUCUGCAGCAAUUUUGAAGACACCGGGCAACACUCUCAAAGAGAUUCCCCGCUCUAGUGAUAUCCCCCAUCAAACUAGUAAUAAUAGUGUUAAUAUUAAUAAUGGUAACCAUAGCAUGCUGACAAGACUUAGGACUAGGCUACAACAAAUCUUUCCCUCCGAUUUUGGUGUUAUACACGUAGGGAUAAUUUUGGCAAUAGUGCUAGCACUGUUUUCCUGUUUUCUCAUGUACAAAAUACACUACUUGCAGUCGCGCAUAUAUAAUUUUAACAACUUUCGAUGGGGAGAAGAUGAUAACAUGGAUGUGUAUGCAGAAGUGCUUAAAUGGCAGAAACAAAUGCAGGAAAAAAGUACGGUAGAGGCUCAGAUAGUUCUUAACUCCAAUCUUGAACAAAUUGCCAAGGUUCGAAAAAGUUUGGAAACCUUGUCCAUACUACUGCACGACUCCACUAAACGAUUCGGAAUAGCGCUCUCCGACUCGCAUCCUGGCGAUACAUCACCGUCUGCGGGCAGUACGCUCCUGGAAACACCCUCGACUGUCGCAACGUAGCCAGCCAGCAGUGUAUGUUUUGUGUUCGCAGCCUGUAGGUUUCCUCGAUUUGUUUCUUAUUUUUCAUCGUGAUAUUUGAUUUAAGUUAUUUAUUUCCGAACGUCUGAAGCGUAGCCUUAAGCGUAGCAAAAAUUAAAAACCCGAUACAAAGCUAAUGUGCACGCUGGUUCGACCGUUAAAGUAAAAUUGGAAGCAUCUAUCAGGUAUAUAAAAGACAGCAAAUAUUAGACCGUUAAUUACAUAGUAAUUGUUUCUGUGCGUUGAACCCUGUAAAGCAGGUUUUUUGAAGAAAUUAAUAAGAAAGGUAUAUUUUGUUCCAGCUUAGCUGAUUACGAUCAAUGUGUUUUAUGUUUUCCUGAUAGGAUACUCCAUCAAUUAAAGAAGAAAAAAUAAACUAGUCAAAAUGAGAAUACUAAAACUUGUUGCUGAAAAAAAAAUCCAUUAUUUUUCAAUGAAAAUACGUCGAGAAAUUCUGAGCAAAAAUGGAAAAUGUUUCAUUUACGAAUCCCACUGUGUGUUCGAGUGUUAUGUUAUGAGACUUCCAGUGAUGCACUUUCUAGAAUUUAUAAAGUUUUCAUGGCACUGCUUGAUUUAUAAAAUCGCUACCUAAUUUGUUAUUGUUUGCAAUUCAAACGUUUUUUUACAUCAAUCCUAAAUACCUAUCCUAACACUUUUUAUUUGUGUUGUUUGCUUUGGCAACCAUUUUUGUGUACAAACUUUAUGUUACAAACAUAAGUUAUUUUGUUAUUUUUGCUUAUGCAUAACUGCAGAAAAGUUUUGGCAUGGUAGCUGCAAAAUUAUAUCGAAGGGAGUAAUAUUAUGAUAAAGUUGCAUGAUUGCAGAGUUGGACAUCCAAGUAGGAUCGAAUAGCUGAAAGAUUUAAAUUCAUAACCAUCUAAAAGAACUGCUUGCAUUUAUUACAAUUUGAAGCUGUAUUGCACAUGUUAUGUGCCUGUGAUAAAAAAUACGAUCAUGGAAGUAAAAUAUCAAACUUUUAAAAAUGCUUACGAUCAAGCGGUUACCAUAAACACAGGAGUGGAUUAUUAGUAAGUUACGCGAAAACGAUUGAAACCCUCGUUUGGUAAAAAAUAUGGCAGCAAGAAUAGUUACCGCCGUAAUAUGAUCACAAAAAUAUCUUAUCCAAACAUAUUAAUAACUGAAACAGAAGCAAUUUAAAUCGAAGCGGUUGUAUGGUAAAGAGCAAGGAGCAAUGAGUUGUUUUACUCUGGAUUUACAUUAGGACUUUACUUUGUUAUCCCUUGGGUUAAUUUUGUUUUGUUAUAUCAAAUAGGUUUAGGGAUUAAAAUAAAAUGGAAUGAAUGUAAACUGGA